GUAUAUUUAUGUAUAUACAUGCACAUGCGUAAUCUGAAAAGAAAAAUGACGAGAAAUCACUUGUUGCAAGAACCAUACAAUUAGACUAUUUUGAUGAGGAAUUCAAAGAUUACGAGUCCCAUCCAUUUGACUCACAGUUUGGUACCAUGGGUUGGUACGAUCUUCGUUCGAGAAGGAAAAGGGAUUUUCCAGAUACAGAAAAUCGUCAAACCAUUUACGACAAAGUCCGUUUCUGGGUGGAGUUAGUGGAACCGAAAAAGAUGUCUCCCUCACAGUGUUUGUGACAAAAGAAUUGCAUCGUUCCUUGGCGGCCUUUCAACAGAAGAAUAUUCAGAGAUUUCACGAGUGGUGCCUAUUUUUCCCAAACAAAAGGACCCAUCACUGAGCGGGAAGUAUGGAGAAUGUUACAGACAUCAGUGAUUGUGAUGUUGGUUCCUGGAAAGCCUCCAUUGUUGGAGGACGAGAAGCCGUAUCCAAUUGAAGCAGCACAGGCUUCUGCGAUGACUGUGGAAACCACUGCUUAUGCCUUGCUUCAAGCAUUGUCAAGGAAUGAUAUUGACUAUGCAACACCGAUUGCGAGGUGGCCACCGAUGCAACAGAACUAUGGUGGUGGAUUUCACUCGACGCAGGACACAAUCAUCGCCUUGGAAGCUUCAUCACGAUACUACUUUGCAUUUCUGAAGAGGGAAGAAGAAAUCAAUAUGCAAAUUCAAUUCCAUGGUUUUGGAAGUCCCUUUGAGAACACGAUUCAUUUGCGCCGGCAUAAUGCUCUGACUGAGAAAGAAUUGAAGUACCACGCUGAGUAUUGUUAUCCCGAUAGUUCUUUGGUAUCAGUCCGUGUGUAUUCCUGGGCGAAUGUGCUCGUGUGGUCUCAGGAGUUGUGGAGGUCACGGCUCUGGGACAGCCGUUUCAUGGCCCUAUGCUGCAGGAAAAAAGCAAUGAAAGUGCCGUUAAUUUUUUGCACGGCGAGCUGCUGCAUACUAACCGGUCUCUCACCAUUACCAUCACCUUGCCCUUGUGAAGGCAGAUAUGGAUAAGGUUCUCAAAGCUGAUAGAAGAUUGAAACCACUCUAAUCCUGUGACGAUGAACCUGCCCCGGAAGAGAGAGCCCAGAGAAUUGCCAAAGCUGUCCGCAAACAGUCAACAGAGGUGAAGGAAAAUUGGGAACAACUGAAAAUCCGUGCGAGCAACUGGCAGAAACAGGUGGAAAAGGGCGUUGGAGAAACUUCAAGAACUGCAGAAAGCUCUGGAUGAUCUUGAGGCUCAUGUGAGAACAGCUGAGGGGGUCCACACUGAUUGGCAACCUGUGGGUGACCUGCUUAUUGACGCAUUGCAGGAUCACAUUGAUAAAACCACAGGGAAGGACUAUCUUCAAAAUCUGAGAUUGGGUUUUGAAAGACAGCAGCCUUUGUUUUGGAGAGAUAAUGGGAACUGCAGAUGCUGGAGAAUGCGAGAUAACACCGUGUGGAACUGGAUGAAGACAGCAGGCCAAGCAUCAUCUUCGGAGCAAAAAAGCUGAUGUUUCGGGCCGAAAACCUUCUUCAGAAAAUGGGGAGGGGGUGCGGGUUCUGGAAUAAAUAGGGAGAGAGGGGGAGGCGGGUGGAAGAUGGAUGGAGGAGAAGAUAGGUGGAGAGGAGAGUAUGGGUAGGGAGGCAGGGAGGGGAUAGGUCAGUCUGGGGAGGCCGGACAGGUCAAGGGAGCGGCAUGAGGUGGGAGGGGGGAUGGGUGAGAGGAAGACUAGGUUAGGGAGGCGGGGACGAGCUGGGCUGGUUUUGGGAUGCAGUGGCAGGACAGGAGAUUUGGAAGCUUGUGAAAUCCACACUGAUACCAUUGGGCUGCAGGGUUCCCAAGCAGAAUAUGAGUUGCUGUUCCUGCAACCUUGGGGUGGCGUCAUUAUGGCACUGCAGGAGGCCCAGGUUGGACGUGUCCUCUCAGGAAUGGGAGGGGGAGUUGAAAUGGUUCGUGACUGGGAGGUGCAGUUGUUUCUUGCAAACUGAGCGCAGGUGUUCUGAAAAGCGGUCCCCAAGCCUCUGCAUCGUUACCCCAAUGUAGAGGAAGCCACAACGGGGACAGCGGAUGUUUUGGAUAUUUCUUUAGCAUUGAUUUUCAUUCAGAGUUGGUUCGAUUUUGCUGAAGCAAUAGACAUAACUCACUAUGACGUAGACAAUGUCAGAGUUAAUGUUUCGCGUCCUGUGACCCUUCCUCAGAUCUCACUCUUCACUGAUGCUGCCAGACCUGCUGAGCUUUUCCAGCAACUUCUGCUUUUGUUGCUGAUUUAUAGUGCCCACAGUUCUUUUGUUUUUUACAACACAGACAAAACUUGAUCUCUGCAGGAAGCAUGAUGCUGCAUUCUCCAACUUCCCUGGCCUUUUGUAAUAUAAUACUGUCUUUUUAGGACAGAAGUGGCUUUUUUUUGUUUGUUUUAAUUUCUGCACAUGCUUUCUAUGCAGGUUAAAAGUCUACACCUUUUCAGUUCACUGCAGUGCUGCAUAAUGAAGACUUGGAACAAUUUUUUUAUAUAAAGUGGAAAAUCAGUGUGGUUUGUUUUCCAAAAUGUGAUGUGUAAGUGCAACACUUAACAGUGUGUUCAUCAAACUAUUGUUUCCUUUGAUCUUUGUGUUGCAGAAAUUUCUAGAAUCAUUUCAUAUAUAUUUUUCUUGAUAUAUUUUAGCAGCUUUCCUGGAGCAAGUCUGUUUUCCUUCGGAUGAGACGACUUUCAGACAUACUCCCUUUAUUAUGAGAUAUAAUUGGGGUAAAAUGAGGAUUUUUAUUCACUGAGACACACAUGACUAUAUGUUGAAAGCAUUGGAAAAUGCACUCUGUUAGGACUGUCAUGUUAUCUGGUGUUUGUACCAGGCUUUCCGAUUAAAUGCAAGUGAUUAAGGAUGCUAAUGAUGCCACAUGUUAUUACAAGAGGAAAUGAACAUCCAAGUAAGGAUUUUAUGCCACAUUUAUGCAUAGCAUGGACCACGCAGAAUGGAUGCCGUGACGGAGUGAAGUGGGAUGCAGUGCCUCAGUGAGAUGCUCACAGCGAAUUGCCCCCUCCAUCCUGACCCGCUCACAGCGACUUGCCCCUCCAGUCCAGACCCGCUCUCAGCGACUUGCCCCCUCUGUCCUGACCCGCUCUCAGCGACUUGCCCCCUCUGUCCUGACCCGCUCUCAGCGACUUUCCCCCUCUGUCCUGACCCGCUCUCAGCGACUUUCCCCCUCUGUCCUGACCCGCUCUCAGCGACCUGCCCCUGCAGUCCUGACCCGCUCACAGUGACGAGCCCCUGCAGUCCUGACCCGCUCACAGUGACGAGCCCCUGCAGUCCUGACCUGCUCACAGCGACUUCUCUCUGCAGACCUGACCCACUCAGAGCGAAUUACCCCUGCAGUCCUGACCCGCUCACAGCGACUUGCCCCCUCUCUCCUGACCCGCUUGCAGCGAAUUGUCCCCUCUGUCCUGACCCGCUCGCAGCGACCUGCCCCUGCAGUCCUGACCCACUCACAGCGACUUCUCUCUGCAGUCCUGACCCGCUCUCUGCGACACGCCCCUUCAGUCCUGUCCCAAUCACAGGGACUUGCCCUCUCCGACCUCACUCACUCACAGCGACUUGCCCACCUCAGUCUUGACCCGCUCACAGCCGUCUCCCCCCUCUGUCCUGACCCCCUCACAGCAACCUACCCCUCCUUGCUGACCCGCUCACAGUGACUUGCCCCUGCAGUCCUGACCCCCCUCACAGUGACCUGCCCCCUCACUCCUGACCCGCUCUGCAUUGAGGAAACCAAGCGGAGGCUUGGGGACCGCUUUGCAGAACACCUCCGCUCGGUUCGCAACAAACAACUGCACCUCCCAGUCGCGAACCAUUUUAACUCCCCCUCCCAUUCCUUAGACGACAUGCCCAUCAUGGGCCUCCUGCAGUGCCACACUAAUGCCACCCGAAGGUUGCAAGGACAGCAACUCCUCAUCCGCUUGUGAACUCUGCAACCCAAUGGUAUCAAUGUGGACUUGACAAGCUUCAAAAUCUCCCCCUCCCCAACUGCAUCCCAAAACCAGCCCAGUUCUUCCCCUCCCGCUACUGCAUCACAAAACCAGCCCAGCCUGUCUCCGCCUCCCUAACCUGUUGUUCCUCUCACCCAUCCCUUCCUCCCACCUCAAGCCACACCUCCAUUUCCUACCUCCCACCUCAUCCUGCCUCCUUGACUUGUCCGUCUUUCCUGGACUGACCUAUCCCCUCCCUCCCUCCUCACCUGUACUGUCCUCUCUACCUAUCUUGUUUUCUCUCCAUCUUUGGUCCGCAUCCCCCCCUCUCCCUAUUUAUUCCACUUCCCUCUCCCAUCCCCCUCUCUGAUGAAGGGUCUAGGCCUGAAAUGUCAGCUUUUGUGCUCCUGAGAUGCUGCUUGGCCUGCUGUGUUCAUCCAGCUCCACACUUGGUUAUUUUGGAUUCUCCAGCAUCUGCCAUUAUCAGUGGCCUUUCCUCUUUGUCAAAGUUUGUGCAAAAGCAACACGAUAUGGGGCGGCACGGUGGCUCAGUGGUUCGCACUGCAGCUUCACAGCACUGGAGGCUCAGGUUCAAUUCCAGCCUCAGGCAACUGUUUGUGUGGAAUUUGCACCUUGUCCCUGUGUCUGUGUGGGUUUCCUCCAGGUGCUCCGGUCUCCUCCCACAGUCCAAAGAGGUGCACGCUAGGUGGAUUGGCCAUGCUAAAUUGCCCAUAGUGUUCAGGGGCAUGGGUCUGGGUGGGAUGCUCCAAGGUUUGGUGUGCACUUGUUGGGCCAAAGGGCCUGUUUCCACACUGUAGGGAAUCUAAACAAUCCUGUUCCAACAUCUCCAUGUUAUAACCCUGCUGAUCACUGCACACAGAGAUGUUUGUUAACAAAAGGAUAACAAUAAUAUUCAAACCCAGUGCUGGAGAUGUAUUUUAAAUACACUGAGGCCAGUGUCGAUCUCCAAUUCAACUUGUAUUUACAAAUGAACUGUCUUCAACUUUAGCACUGCCUCAUUCAGAGAUAGUUGCCAGGGUGUCAGCAUCUCUGACCCUCACACGACUUAUCUGUCAGCCAGGGCUCCCUGAUUUGGGCUAUUAAUAUGGACCAAUCAGGCAACUCAUAUUCUGUGAUGUUCAACUGGCCGACCUGGUCACAAACCAGUGCGGUGUGUUCGUCGAAAAUCAAACAUGUACUCGAAAGGUACCAUUACAUACCAGUGCAAAGGAAGGCAUGAGGCUAAACUGGGGAGGGAAGGGAACUGCUUACUGGGGGUGGCCCAGAGAGUGGAAGAAAAUCGAAUGGGAAGAAGACCAUUUGAGACUGAGGGAGAGAGAUGUAAUUGCCUGAAUGAGGCAUUCCAAUUGCGAAAUGGAUUUUUGUGUGUACACCAUGUUCAGUUUCCCCGAUCUUAAUCUGUACUCCUCUUUAAAUCAUUAGUAUCUGAAAUUUCUGUAUCAUUUCCAAAUGCUCUGUCUCUAAUGUUAUGCUGUUGGAAUUGGUUGAACUGCAGAGAUAUCAUUUAUUUGCACAAAUGUGUUCAGUGAAAUGAGUUGCAUGCUAUAUAUGUAUUAUUCUUCCUGAUUCUAUUAUACGCAUACAAAUUAAAGUUAGUUCCACUUUUGAACAACAAA